AUGCCGGUCACCACCCGCACAUCCAGAAGCGUAGUCGCACACGCCACAGAGGCCACAAACAAGGCAAACAGCCGUGGAGCGAAGCCCUCUCCGCCCAAAGCCCCGCCUGCCAAAAGGCAAAAGAAGGAAACAGCUCCGCAGCCCAAGGUCGGCACCGUCCCAGCCCCCAUCAAAGUGGUCGGGUCGUACACCCCCGCGCUUCUGCCACCGGUUCUCAACUUCGAUCUCCAGACAGCCAUGUCCCACCUCUCGAGAGCCGAUCCCCGUUUCACUCAGUUGUUCCGACACCUCCCCUGUCGGCCUUUUGUCAAUCUCGAAGCUGUCGAUCCAUACAAGACGCUUGUGACGUCCAUCAUUGGGCAGCAAGUGUCGUGGAUGGCUGCUCGGGCUAUUAAUGCGAGGUUUAAAGCCCUUUUUGGCUUUACAGAGGAAAAUGAGGGGUUUCCCACUCCCGAGAUGGUCAUUGCGCAAGAUAUACCUACCUUGAGAUCGGUAGGGUUGAGCCAGAGAAAAGCAGAAUACGUCCAAUCUCUGGCCGACCACUUCCAGACAGGCCGCCUGUCUACUGACCUGCUCCAAAAUGGCACCGACGAAGAGAUCUCGAAAGCCCUGAUCGACGUCCGAGGUAUCGGUCAGUGGACCGUCGACAUGUUUAUGAUCUUUUCCCUCCGACGACCCGACGUCCUCGCCGUCGGCGAUCUCGGUGUGCAGAAAGGUCUUCUCAAAUGGGCCCUAGCAGCCCACGGAGCUCUCGAAAGGAAGCCCGUCACUGGCGCGACCCCAAAGAAGAAGGGCAAGGGCAAAGCCGCCGUCAAGAAAGAAGAAGUCGUGGAUCAAGUCGAUGUCAAAGGUGAAGGCGAGGUCGACACCUUUGUCCGAGACGCCACGCCCAUCCGGCAACCACCUUCCAGUUCUGCCCCUCCUACCCCAAUCACCCCAGGCCCUUCAGAGCCUACCCACAGAGCGGCUUUGCACACCCCCGCCACGCCUUUAGACUUUAAACCAUCCCAGAUACCGCCUACACCUGCGACGCCUACAGCGGCGCCAGAGGAAUUCGCAGAGGUCCCGCCCAAUACACUGCCUACUCCGACGACAGAGGAGAUGCUCCAGGCGCCUAUUGGGCACCCAGAGUGGGAGGCUCAUCGCGCUGUCUCAUUACCAGAUGGGCUCGGCGUAGAUGUGCUCAAAUCUCGUCUCAACGGGAAAAAGGUCAAGGGCGGACAAUACCUGACGCCUCAAGAGAUGGAGGCGUUAACAGAGUCUUGGAAACCCUACAGGUCUCUCCCAGUCUUCUACAUGUGGCCAGUAGCGGGAGAGUCAUAG